CUGAAAAACUUUCUGACGAUGAAGAAGGAGGUUAUGGUGAUGAAACAGAUGCAUUCCCAAGCAGAAAAGAUCGAGUGUCACUCUUUCAAAAGAAAACAAAGAAUGAUCAACAUCCAGAGUCUAGUAGCCAAUACCGAAUUGUUACUCCAACCUUCCGGUAUCGUAUGGACUACAAGAAGCUUGGUAAAUGUGUUAUUAUAAACAACAAGAACUUUGCAAUAGAAACAGGCAUGGGAAUACGCAAUGGCACUGAUAAAGAUGCUGGAGACCUGCAGAAAUGUUUUCGAAGCAUAGGAUUUGAUGUUUCUAUCUAUAAUGAUCUCACUUGUGAUAAUAUGGAGAGAAUACUUGGUGAAGCUGCUCUUGAGAACCAUGAUGAUGCCGCUUGUUUUGCCUGCAUAUUAUUAAGUCAUGGAGAGGAGGGCCUUAUCUAUGGCACCGAUGGAGCUAUGGCAAUCAAGAAUUUGACUGGUCUUUUCAGAGGAGACAAGUGCCAAAGUCUCGUCGGAAAACCAAAAUUAUUUUUCAUUCAGGCAUGUAGAGGAUCAGAAUUUGAUGCCGGGAUUCAGACUGAUUCAGGUUCUUCCAAUGACACUCUGGAAAUGGAUGCUAAUCCAAGAUACAAGAUUCCAGUGGAAGCAGAUUUUUUGUAUGCCUAUUCCACUGUGCCAGGUUAUUUUUCCUGGAGGAAUCCUGGGAAAGGUUCCUGGUUUGUGCAGUCUCUUUGCUCAGUUCUGAGUAAGCAUGGCAAAGAGCUGGAGGUCCUGCAGAUUCUGACCAUGGUGAACUACAAGGUAGCAAGAAACUAUGAAUCCCAGUCUGAUGACCCACGGUUCAGUCAGAAGAAGCAGGUUCCAUGUGUGGUCUCCAUGCUCACUAAAGAACUUUAUUUUUAAAAUCUCACCUAUGUUGGCCAGCAAAGCACCAAUGAUGCCUUAUUUUCCUUUUCUCCUCUGGUGAAAAAUUGAACAUAUGAGUGAAUCACAUUUUGCAAUACAGUAGUGAACUUUUUAAAUCAAAGCAAAAGACAACUCAGAUUAAGUUAGCCAUCAUUCUUUUGAAAUAUGCAAUACCAAUAUUACCUCAGUUGAUUCUUAUAUCUACAAUGUCUCACCAAUAUAUGCAGUAGCAUAUAUUGGUAGAUAUUUCUAUUAUUUGUUGCUGUUUCUGUUCACACUGAAACGAAUAGCAGUUCUAGCUCUCCUACUUGUGUGGAGUCUCUUUCUUAUAUUUUUUGAAAACCUUUCCUAAGUUUCUGGUGUUAACAACUUUUGUUUUUGUUUCCAUAACUGCAUCACUAUAUAGAAAACAUUUUUUGUUUGAUGAUGAGCCAUAGAAUAACAAGACUAGAUAUGAAAGAUGGGGUGAAAUAAGAACUACUUUACUUGAUCCAUAUCAUCUUUAAUUUAACUGGACCCGAAAUAAGCUAGAGGGGGAGUAACUUAUAUGGGUCCAGCUGAGACCAGGUGUCACUUUAGAAUACCUGCUCAACCUUCUCUUGGCUGAAGCACCUGAGCCCUGACGGUGAUCCAGUAAUUGGCUUGAUCCCUGAUUGGUGACUUACUGGAAGGUAAACUUAGGGUACUCCCAUCCAAGUCAAAGGAAAGCGAGAGCAAAACCCCCAAGUCAGCUUCCGGGGUUGACUCCUUCCUCACCGCUACUCUGGGUCACAGGACCUAUGAGACCAGUUCAGAGCCCUAUCCUGCCAAGAGUGUACACUAGAGUCUUGUGUUCUCUCCCACUCCCUACCAUGGACAAGAGCAAGAGCCAAUAACUCACUCACCCCCUUUUCAAGUAUUUCAGUAAGAUCAAAUUGCCUUUUGACAAUGAAUGUCAUCAGCCCCUUAGAGCUCUGGCCAAUGAAAACAAA